AUGUUGCAGGAACCCAAGCAGAUAAAAGUUCCUUCGAUUGCAAUCUCCGAUCUUUCAAAGUAUCAUCAAUUUAAUUGUGAUAAACUAUUACGGAAUACCUUAGAUGAAGAUUAUGAAAGAAGACGAUCUACAACCAAUAGUGAAAAAAAAUUUAGUGAAAUAAAGAUUAACAAUUCAACUUUACGUGAUGCCGUGAAAAGUCGAGGUGGUGACUUUGAAGCAAAGGUCGUAGAAGAUUUGGAAAAGAGGGUCAAAGUAGUGGAUUGCACUUCAGAUGAUCCUUCUAAAGCGCUUAUAACUUUACAAAAUGCUAAAGUAGGAGAAGUUCUAUAUCAAUUAAAGUUCGAUGUGCCAGAUGACUUGUAUGAUCAUUUGAAGAUUAAGGAUAUUGUUAGAUUAAAGUCCUUUAUCCCUGAUUUCAUUGAAAUUGUUGGUGAAGGUGGUAAAAAACGGUUGUUGAUAUUGGAUGCAAAAUCAUCAAAAGGAACACGUGUUUCACAUCAAUUUCAAGUUGCUGCGUACACUUAUCUUCUAAAACAUAUUACCAAAGAUAUACCUGAUAUUUCUGUUUCUAAAUUUGGUGGAAUAUAUUUACCAAAAAAAGGUGGUUUUGAACUCCAAACUUUUCGUACCGAACUCUUACUUUCAAAAGUUGAAAAAUUUUUAAGCACUGAUCUUCGAGAUAUAGCUUCUGCUUCGGAAGUAUCUUGGCACUAUAACUCUCGAUGUAAAACUUGUGCAUUUGUGGAUGAUUGUCGAGUGGAUGCAAAAGGUUCAAUGUCUAUGAUUCCAUAUUUAUCUACGGACAAUGCGAAUGACUUAAGAUUAUUUGUUAAGAAUACAUGGAAUAAAGAAAAAAGAUAUAAAAAAGAUGCUGAAAUUGAAAAUUUGGCAAAACUUUUUACCAUUGAUGAUAAUGAAUUAAAUGAUCACGUUAAUAAACUUGUGACAAUGACUCCAAAUGAUUAUUUGACUAAUCCAAAAAUAGUACCAUUGAUUAAACAUGAUAAGGUUAAUGAAACAGACAUUGAAGACUUGGCCAAUAACUUUAGUAAACUUAGUGUAAAAAUUGAAGAUUUGGCUGAUUGUAUUGAUAAACUUAGUAUUGAUGAUGAUGAGAAAGUAAUGGUAAAUGAGGUUACGGCAACUCGAAGAAUAAAACAAAUUAUUAAGUAUGACAAAGAUCGCAAAAAAUCUCCAUAUAUUGAAGCGUUUAAAACAGAAAAAGCUCAGUUUAUUGGUACUCCAACGGCAAAUUUUCCUCAACGAACCGAUCACAACCUUGUACUUACAAUGUCCAUAGAUCCUUUUGUCUUACUUCCUUUCGGUUGGUCUAUGAGUCUUUAUGCUAAAGAUGGGCAAGUCAUGAAAAAGUUUCAAUUCGCUGAGUCAGUUCCCAAAUAUAAAGAUGAAAAUCAAUCAGCAUUUGUUUCAUUGAUGGAUAAAUUUGUGACUCGUUUGACUAAAAUAUUUGAAUAUCUCUCCAACAAAAAAUCUCGAGCUUGUAUAUUUGUUUAUUCUGAGCAAGAAAAGUUCAUAAUUCAAGAAUCAUUGCUUAAAAUAAUUCGUCUUGAUGACAUUUCGGAAGCAAUUCAACAUAUGACAACGCGAUGUCUCUACAACUUAUUUGAAGACUGUUCUCUCUUAUUGGCUGUUGGAAGUGAUGUUGAAAAUAGCUCAGAGAUUCCUGGCGAGUGGAGAGAGUUCCCAAGACUUGUUAUUCUAGAACAAUCUUUGAGUGAAAAUGUUGCAAUUUGCGUUCCGGGUUUUUACAGGUUUAUUGAUAUUUGGGAACAAAUGGUUAAGCCUACUUUGGAAGAUAACAAAGAGUUGUUGACCACUUUGGAACCAGAAAUCUCCAAAAUUGAUCUAGAAGAUAUCUAUGCAACAUGGAUAUCCGAAAAUGGGAACGAGAAUGAAAUUAACAAAUAUCAUUUAUUAAGAGCUGUAUUCGUUAAUGUUGUCAUUCAAGCAUUUUAUGCUCUCGUUAAGAAGUCAACAGAUGAUAUCUCUUCCAAGUUAUUAUUUUCUCCACCCGCAUUUGUUUUUUCUGAAAUUCGAUCCUUCAUUAAUAAUUAUUUAGGAAAGUUAUAUUUUUUUAAACAAUUUGAAGGAGCCAUGACAUAUUAUCGAACUAAAGCAGUUAGACAGAAAGAUUUAGUUCUAGGAGAAACUAAAUGUGGACUUCGUGUAAAAGCUGAUCGUUUUUUAAAAAAAGAUGAAAAGUCUGUAUGGAUACUUCAGUGUAUUGUUUUAAACUGUGAAAACGAAUUUCAUGUACUUGAACCAUCAAGCAUGAAAGAAUUCAUCUUAGUUGAGGAUACUGCAGAGGGAAUUCUUGAGGCUAUCCGUUUCUCUGAUAUGGAAUAUAAAGAUAAACAAUUUGGGUACCCACUAAAUGUUCUCUCACUUGUAUCGAUUGAUGAUACCGACCCUGCACACCGAGUGAUCCAAUUAAAGGGGACAAUUAAAAAAAGUAUAAGUGUAGGCACAACAUAUCGUCUAUAUAAAAGAUUUGUCGAUUUCAAUACAGAUAAGAUUUUGAAAAUGCUCAUAGAAAUUGAUGAACAACCAAGUUCUAUAUUCCUAGACCUCUUAAGCGAUCCUAAUGCAUGGGGAUCUUCUCUAUCUGAAGAACAUACUUAUCCCAAGGAAUUAAAAGAUACUGCUUUGGAAUUGCGUGAUUCAUUCUCUAUGUCUCCAUCGCAAAAAGAAAUAGCAGCAGUGAUAUUGGAGAAAAGGAUGCAAAUUGUUUGGGGUCCACCAGGAUCUGGAAAAACGCAUUUCCUCGCGUUAUUUGUUACAUGGUAUCUAUCCACAUUAAAACCUAAGCCUACAGAAAACAAUAAAAAUUUUAUGAUUGGAGUUACUGCGUUCACCAGAUCUGCAAUUGAUAAUCUGUUGGAGCGUAUUGCUACUGUGCAAAAAGAAGGAAAUAAAAUAGACGAUUUUACAAUAGUUCGAAUGGUUAAAGAGUCUAAUAACUCUAUUGAUAACAUAAAUGAUUGUAAGGCUGAGAACCUACCUAAGAAAAUCUUGGGUGCUAAGCUUGGUACACCUGGUAAACCUCUCGUCGUAGGAGGUACAGUGUGGGAUUGGUAUAAAAUUCGCAAAGAAUUUAAUGGAAGUUGGACGGGUUGUAAUAUUAUGAUUAUUGACGAAGGAUCGCAGCUUUUGGUCUCAGAUGCCAGUAUCGCGCUAGAAUGUUUGAACCAAAAUAGUGGAAAGUUAAUUAUUGCUGGCGACCAUAUGCAACUUGGACCUAUCAUUCAGAACACGUAUCCCAUUUAUGGAGAUAAUCAUCCACUCAUUUUUGGGUCUAUUCAACAAUGUUUAAUGAGAAAGGAAGACGGUUCUAUAUUUAAUGAGAAUCCCUUCCUUGAAAAAGGACAAAAACAUGAUUUUGGUCCGUGCACACUUCAACUUAGAGAUAAUUGGAGAAUGAAUGGUGAAUUAAAUAAUUUCUUCCAAAAAAUAUAUGGCGAAGAUUACAUUUCAAAACAACCUGAUUUGAAAUUAAAUUUCGAAGAUGACAAAUUACUACACAUAGAUAAUCCAGAUAUAAGAAAAAUUUUAUCUCCAGAAACAGCAAUAGCUUUAGUAAAAUUAUCAUUAAAAAAUAACGAUCAAGGUAGUUCGCAACCUAAUAUAUCAGGAUUACUUUCGGAAAAAGUUUUGCAUGCCGAAGCAGAUGUUGUAGCCAAAAUAGUGACAGCAUAUUUUGAUUCACCUCGUAAACCCGACCCACAGCAUCGUAAACCGUCAUUAUUUAUUGUUACACCGCAUCAUCGACAACGGCAAGCCGUUCAGUCACGACUUAAUAAUUAUCUAUCUAGUCCUAAAUAUAAUUUAAAAAUAAACACAGUCGAAAAAAUGCAAGGACAAGAAGCAGACCUUGUUAUUGCAUGUUUUGUAUUUUUAGACCAAAAUGAAAUUGUUCGAGAAUCAGAUUUCCUAUUUGAUCGCAAUCGUUGGAAUGUGGCUAUAAGUCGAGCAAGAUGCAAAAUUGUAUUGUUAACUACUCAUGAAAUGUUAUAUCCAAAAAGUAUGGACAUAUUCUUUCAAAAGAAAUCGUCAGAAGGAUGGGUAUACCUUUCGAUGAUAGAAACAUGGGUUAAAAAAAGAUAUGGAGGAAAAAAUAAAAGAAAAGAUAAAAAGAAUUUGGGAAUAAUCGAAUGGAAGAUUGAUGGAAAUCAAACAGAAAGCAA